AGCAAGUCAUAUAAAAAGGACCUCUGCUGCACAGCUCCCAACUUCCUAGGACCUGAUUCCUGAUCUACCUGGAAGAAACUGAUUCCCAGAGACUCCGGAAAGAUGUCUUACCAGCAGCAGCAGUGCAAGCAGCCCUGUCAGCCACCUCCUGUGUGCCCACCUAAGUGCCCAGAGCCGUGCCCACCCCCAAAGUGUGUGGAGCCAUGCCCACCCCCAAAAUGCGUAGUGCCGUGCCCACCUCAGCCAUGCCAGCAGAAAUGCCCUCCUGUGCAGCCUCCUCCACCUUGCCAGCAGAAGUGCCCACCUAAGUGCAAGUAA